GGUCCCGUCAGUCAGGCAGCGGGAGCCGCCGGGAGCGGAUGGCGGCGGCUGUAGCGGCCCCUCUCGCCGCCGGGGGUGAGGAGUCGGCAGCCACGAUCCCCGUGCCAGGGUCUCCGGGUCUGCCCGGGAGCCGCAGCGCAGAGCGGGCCCUAGAGGAGGCCGUGGCCACCGGGACCCUUAACUUGUCUAAUCGGCGCUUGAAGCACUUCCCCCGGGGCGCGGCCCGCAGCUACGACCUGUCAGACAUCACCCAGGCUGACCUGUCCCGGAACCGGUUUCCCGAGGUGCCUGAGGCAGCAUGCCAGCUGGUGUCUCUGGAGGGCCUGAGCCUCUACCACAAUUGCCUGAGAUGCCUGAACCCAGCCUUGGGGAAUCUCACAGCCCUUACCUACCUCAACCUCAGUCGAAACCAGCUGUCAUCGCUGCCACCAUACAUCUGCCAGCUGCCCUUGCGAGUGCUUAUUGUCAGCAACAACAAGCUGGGAGCCCUGCCUCCCGACAUUGGCACCUUGGGAAGCCUGCGACAGCUUGAUGUAAGCAGCAAUGAGCUGCAAUCCCUUCCUGUGGAGCUGUGUAGCCUUCGUUCCCUGCGGGAUCUCAAUGUUCGAAGGAAUCAGCUCAGCACCCUGCCUGAUGAGCUGGGGGACCUUCCUCUGGUCCGCCUGGAUUUCUCCUGUAACCGUGUCUCCCACAUCCCGGUCUCCUUCUGCCGCCUCAGGCACCUGCAGGUCAUUCUGUUGGACAGCAACCCCCUGCAGUGCCCACCUGCUCAGAUCUGCCUGAAGGGGAAGCUUCACAUCUUUAAGUACUUAUCAACAGAGGCUGCGCGUCGUGGGGCUGCCCUGGGGGACCUGGUCCCUUCCCGCCCCCCAAGUUUUAGUCCCUGCCCUGCUGAGGAUUUAUUCCCGGGACGGCGGUACGAUGGUGGGCUGGACUCAGGCUUCCACAGCGUCGACAGCGGCAGCAAGAGGUGGUCUGGUAAUGAGUCAACAGAUGAAUUUUCAGAGCUGUCAUUCCGGAUCUCAGAGCUGGCCCGGGAACCUCGGGCCCCCAAAGAACGGAGAGAAGAUGGCUCUGCUGAUGGAGACCCAGAGCAGGUUGACUUCAUUGAUAGCCAUGUCCCUGGAGAAGAUGAAGAGCGAGGUGCUGCUGAGGAACAGCGGCCACCUGAAUUAAGCCCUGCGGCAGGGGACGGGGAGAGGGCACUGAGCAGCAGGCGGGAGGAACCGGCAGGGGAGGAACGGCGGCGCCCUGACACUUUGCAGUUGUGGCAGGAGCGUGAACGGCGGCAGCAGCAGCAGCAACAGCAGAGUGGGGGGUGGGGGGCCCCCAGGAAGGACAGUUUCCUGAAGCUGGGGAUCAGGGCUGCUGGGGGAGGUGCUGCUGCCUCAUCCACUCAGGCUACCUACAAUGGGCUGCCUAAGUCUAAUACUAUACAACCACAACCGGGAACUUCAGGGGGGCAGGGAGUCCCUGUGCCUGCCCCUCCCCCCCAGGAGUCCCUGCCUAUGACUGGACCAGCGACAGCACCUGUUCCCCGGCCACUGGGCUCCAUUCAGAGACCAAACAGUUUCCUCUUCCGUUCCUCCUCUCAGAGUGGUUCAGGCCCAUCCUCCCCGGACUCUGUUUUGAGACCUCGGCCAGCACCCCAGGUUCCAGAUGAGAAGGAAUUAAUGUCUCAAGUGCGCCAGGUCCUUGAGUCACGGCUGCAGCAGCCCUUGCCUGAGGACCUGGGCGAGGCUCUGGCCAAUGGGGUCAUCCUCUGUCAGCUGGCCAAUCAGCUACGGCCUCGCUCUGUGCCCUUCAUUCAUGUACCCUCACCUGCUGUGCCAAAGCUCAGUGCCCUCAAGUCUCGGAAGAAUGUGGAGAGUUUCUUAGAAGCCUGUCGAAAAAUGGGGGUACCUGAGGCUGACCUGUGCUCGCCCUCGGAUCUCCUCCAGGGCACCACCCAGGGGCUGUGGACCACAUUAGAGGCUGUGAAGCGGGUGGGGGGCAAGGCCCCCCCGCCUGUCUGGCCCCCCUCUGGUCUGGGUGGCUUCGUCUUCUUCUACGUCGUCCUCAUGCUGCUGCUCUGUGUCGUCUACACCUGGCUCCUGGGUUCCUAGGACUGAAGUCACCCCCCAUUUCUAUUUAUAAGACUCCUGUUCAACCCUAUCCCCACCAGUGGUGCCUUCAGCCCCUACCAAAGACACUAGUGUAUCCCCCUCACAAACACUGACCUCAGAGGCCCCACUCUGGUGUCCCCAGAGCUGGGCCCCCUGCCUCUGGGCCCCCUCCUGUAGCCCCUCACUCACUGCCCCUCACCCUC